AUGGCCGAAAGAAAAAACUUCAACAGCAGCUUCUCGUUGAUUCCCCAAGUUGAGCAUGCGUUGAAACUCUCAGAUGACUACGCCCUCGGUCUAGUACGUUCAGAUGGCCAUUGGUAUGGCGAGAUGAAUAGCAAUGUCACCAUCACUGCUGAGUAUAUCUUCCUCCGGCAGGCUUUGGGACUCGAUCUCAAAGCUGACGCUGCAGCAUACUGUCGUCAUCUCCUCUCUCAGCAAAAUAGUGAUGGCUCCUGGGGUCUGGCACCCGAGUACCCAGGCGACGUAUCAACUUCGACCGAGGCCUAUCUCGCACUGAAGAUCUUGGGGACAAGCCCGCAUAUCCUAGCCAUGCGCAGGGCCCGAUCAUUUGUGCUUCAAGCAGGGGGUAUUGCGCGCGUGAGAGUCUUCACUCGCAUUUACCUGGCCACAUUUGGUCUCUUCCCGUGGAGCGCAGUGCCCCAGCUCCCUGUGGAGCUUAUGCUUCUGCCUUCCAUUUGCCCAAUCAACAUUUACAAAUUUGCAUCUUGGGCCCGCGGCACUAUUGCUCCUCUUUUGAUCAUCUGCCAUCAUCAACCUGUGUACCCGCUACCAAACGGGAAGUCGACUACGAAUGAUUAUCUAGACGAGCUAUGGCUAGACUGCACGAACAAGGAGGUGCCUUACGGCCCGUCACUCCGGGAGCUGCUGUCCCAGAGAGAAAUUACAGGACUGGCCUUCGGAGUUCUGGAUAAACUCCUUUACCAGCUGAAUGGACUUCGCUCUGUCCCUCUAAUAAGGCCAUAUGCCCGGAGGCAAUGUAUGAAAUGGGUCCUUGAGCGCCAGGAAAAGACCGGUGAUUGGGCUGGCAUUUUCCCUCCCAUGCAUGCCAGUAUCUACGCGUUCGUGCUCGAAGGCUACAAACUGGACGAUGACCCAGUACGCCUCGGCAUCCAAGCAUUGGAGAGAUUUGCCUGGGAAGACCAUAGAGGAAAGCGAAUCCAAGCCUGCGUCUCACCCGUCUGGGAUACAGCCUUGAUGACGAUUGGGCUCUGCGAUGCUAUGUCACCCAAUAAGCAAACCAUCGACCGCGCUCUCACAUGGAUCCGAGCCCGCCAGCUACUUCAACCCCGCGGAGAUUGGUGCGUGUAUCGGCCGAACCUAGCCCCCGGGGGGUUCAGUUUUGAGUACGAGAACAGCUGGUAUCCUGAUGUGGACGACACAGCUGCCAUCAUCCUUGCGCAGGUGAAGCACGAUGCUGGUUCUAUUGCUUCGGAGUCUGUGAUUGCGGCUGCUACAUGGAUCCUGGGCAUGCAGAACCCGGACGGGGGAUGGGCUGCCUUUGAUGUGGAGAACGACAAACUGUUUCUGAACAAGAUUCCUUUCAGCGAUAUGGACAGCCUGUGUGAUACAUCAUGCGCUGACAUCACGGGGCGCAUCCUGGAAGCAUUUGGUCUAAUGAUGACUCGUUCUUCCGCAAAUGCUAACGUGGACCAGCUGGUGCCUGAGCUGCGGGCGGCAUGCACGCGUGGUGUACAAUAUCUUGUGUCCACACAGGAGUCCAAUGGAUCCUGGUUUGGUAGAUGGGGAUGUAACUACGUCUACGGUACCAGUCAUGCACUGUGCGGACUGGCGUAUUUUGUCGAGGACGAUCGAGUUCGAGUGAUGGUCAAACCCGCUCUGCAGUGGCUGAAAUCAAGCCAAAAUGCCGACGGUGGUUGGGGCGAGUCUCUCUUGUCGUAUCGGCUACCUGAGUACCAGCUGGCGGCGUCAACACCGUCGCAAACUGCAUGGGCAUUGAUGGGACUGCUGGCCCAUCUUCCUGUUACUGAUAAAUCGAUUGAGCGUGGGAUUUCAUACCUGGUAAGCUCGCAAAGACGGGAGGGUUCUGGCGCCUCAUGGCCCCAAAUUGUGUACACUGGAACUGGGUUUCCGAAUCACUUUUACUUGGGCUAUGACUAUUACCGUCACUACUUUCCUAUGAUGGCUCUGGGACGGUACCUACAGGGUACUCGAGGAUAUGGCCAGAGGGAGCUGUGA